AUGUUCAGUUUUCCCAGCAAUUCCUUCCACACCCUGGACGUAAAUUGCAGCCCCCUAUCUGAGACUAUGUCCUCGGGCAGCCCAAAUUGUUGGAAGACCUGGCGGAAAAGCAGCUCUGUCAUCUCCCAUGCAGUAGGGAGACCCUUAAGUGGAAGGAAUCGCAUCAUUUUAGAAAACCGGUCCACAAUGACUAAGAUCAUCGUGUUGCCCUCAAAAACAGGUAGAUCAGAUGGAGAUUUCAUAAUCGGAGGGAUUUUCACUAUUCAUUACUACGUGAGAUCAGAGCAGACUAACUACACCAGGCUGCCAGAACAGCUGCAAUGCUCUGGGAGCAUGGACUUCAGGCAGCUGCGCUUCGCCCGUGCUUUGGAAUUCGCCAUCCGCGAGAUCAACAAUGAAACGGUUCUUCUGCCGGGCAUCACAUUAGGCUACCAGAUACACGACUCGUGCUCUGACGUGCAGAUGGCAAUCAAAUGUGCAUUUCAGUUUGCGAAUGGCGUGGACCCCGUUUUCAAUGAAUCCUGUUCAAAAUCUGCAGCUGCUGCUGUACCUGCGAUCGUAGGAGAUUCUUCAUCCACCCCAUCAAUUAGCAUGGCCAGAAUGCUCGGUCUUUUCGGAAUUCCACAGGUGAGUCAUUCCGCAAGCUGCGUGUGUCUGGGCGAUAAGAGUCAGUUUCCUGCCUUUUUUAGGACCGUACCGAGUGACCACCAUCAAGCGGCCGCACUGGCGAGAAUGGUCAAACUCUUUGGCUGGACAUGGAUUGGGACAGUACGCAGCGACUCUGACUAUGGGAAUAAUGGAAUGGCUUCUUUCCUAAAGGCUGCGCAGGAGGAGGGGAUCUGUGUGGAGUACUCCGAGGCCUAUUACAGGACACAACCACGCAGUAAACUAGAGAGAGUGGCAAAUGUCAUCCGCAGGUCCACGGCCCGGGUAAUAGUAGCGUUUGCUAGCAUAGGUGAUAUGAGGUUUCUUUUAGAGGAAUUAGCAAAACCGCCAUCGCCUCGGAUUCAGUGGAUUGGCAGUGAGGCGUGGAUCACACAGACAGAGUUUCUGCGGUAUAAUAUGUGUGCUGGUACGAUAGGUUUUGGGAUCCCCAGAUCAGUUAUCCCGGGUUUUCGUGAGUUUCUUCUAGACCUCUCUCCAGCGCAAGCCUUGAAAUCGCCCCUUCUAAAGGAAUUUUGGGAGAGCGCGUUCAGCUGUAGCCUAAAAGGGCGGACAGGCUCCUCAGGGCUUGUGCGAGAAUGUGACGGCAGUGAGGACAUCCGCGCGCUACAGAACCCAUACACAGACACGUCUCAGCUGCGCUUCUCUAACCUGGUGUAUAAAGCUACAUAUGCCAUAGCGCAUGCUAUACAUGGUAUUGUUUGUAAUGACACGCAGUGCGACAAGACCACUGAUUUCGAACCGUGGCAGAUACUCGACCAGCUCAAGAGAGUGAACUUCUCCACAAAGAAUGGUUAUCAGGUCAACUUUGAUUCCAGGGGAGAUCCUGUAGCUGUCUAUGAGCUCACAAACUGGCAGUUUAAGAAAGAUGGUACAUUAGACUUUGUGCCAGUGGGCUACUAUGACUCAUCCAAACCAAGAGGACAGGAGUUCAGCAUCAUCAGUGCUGUUCACUGGGUGGGAGGACAGACAGAGGUUCCAGUGUCUGUGUGCAGUGAGAGCUGUCCUCCAGGCACCAGGAAGGCUGUGCAGAAGGGAAGGCCUGUCUGCUGCUAUGACUGUAUACCAUGUGCAGAGGGAGAGAUCAGUAACAAGACAGAUUCUCUGGACUGUGUGCGCUGCCCUCCUGAGUUCUGGCCCAACAUAAACCAAGACAGCUGCCUACCCAAGCCUGUUGAGUUCCUGUCCUGGGAUGACAAUCUAGCCAUCAUUCUGACAGUGUUCUCCAUCACUGGGGCCUUCAUGGCUGUGUGUGUUACUAUUGUCUUCUAUAAACACAGGGCAUCUCCCAUCGUCCGAGCCAACAACUCAGAGCUGAGCUUCCUGCUGCUCUUCUCUCUGACUCUGUGUUUCCUCUGUUCACUUACUUUUAUUGGUCGGCCCUCUGAGUGGUCCUGUAUGCUGCGCCACACAGCAUUUGGUAUAACCUUUGUCCUCUGCAUCUCCUGUGUUCUGGGGAAAACAAUAGUGGUGUUAAUGGCCUUCAGGGCUACACUUCCAGGCAGCAAUGUCAUGAAAUGGUUUGGGCCUCCACAGCAGAGACUCAGUGUUCUUGCCUUCACACUUAUACAGGUCCUUAUUUGUGUGUUUUGGCUAAAAAUAUCUCCUCCAUUCCCCUACAAAAAUCUAAAGCACUACAAGGAAAAGAUAAUCUUGGAAUGUAGCUUAGGUUCAGCUAUAGGGUUUUGGGCUGUACUCGGUUAUAUAGGAUGUUUGGCUUUUCUGUGUUUUGUUUUGGCUUUUCUGGCCCGAAAGUUACCUGACAACUUUAAUGAAGCCAAAUUCAUCACAUUCAGCAUGCUCAUAUUCAGUGUAGUUUGGAUCACAUUUAUUCCUGCUUAUGUCACCUCUCCCGGAAAAUUUACUGUAGCUGUUGAGAUAUUUGCUAUUCUGGCCUCAAGCUUUGGUUUGAUUAUUUGCAUCUUUGCUCCCAAAUGUUUCAUUAUUCUCCUUAGACCAGAUCAAAAUACCAAAAAACAUCUUAUGGGUAAAGUUCCCUCUAAGGGCCUUUAA